CCCCCGCGGCACUGACGUGUACAGGCGGGUGGGAGUGAGCAGGGGGCUCCCUACCGCUCAGGAGCCCGGAGAACCCGGCUGCCAAAUCGCCUGGUUUAAUGCUUGGCUCCCCGCACACAGCUACUUACCCACGUUUAACAAUCUAAAAAACUGGAUUCUCCUCAUUUUCUUCCCAUGAGGUUACAGUAAAGAACUUGAUGUCAUUUGAGCAGGACAAUUAAACCGCUGAUGAAACCUUAGCCAGCCAAUAGAUAUAGGAUUACUUUCCACAGAAACAAGCAUCGCCUCUCUACAGUAUAACAAAGCUGUUCCUUGCAACCAUUUCAGGAUGUUAUCGCAGCAAAAUAUGUUGUUCAUUUGAUUUUUAACUGUACUGCUUAAUUUCUGGAGCUUCAAAGUACAAUGAGAUGUAUUUUGAAGCACCUGCUCUUCAUCUGUGAAUUUUGGAGCAUGAGAAAGAACGGAGACGUGCCUGCUGUACAGAGGCCUUGGUGAUGAUUCAUUGAAAAGACUAGGAUGCCUGGCUGCUUUAAAAAGACUUUAUUUGCCUUGGCUUCCCUAGUAAGUUUUGUGUCUUUUAUCCUGAUUGUUGUUGCAAUGGGGACCCCAAAGUGGAUGACUGGGAAGAUCCUUUGCAAAACAGGAGCUGAUUUGGUCAAUGCCACAGAUCCAGAGCUGGUCAAGUUCAUUGGAGAAAUUUACUAUGGACUCUUCCGGGGCGGCAAAAUUCGGCAGUGUGGGUUGGGCGGGCGGCGCUCCCAGUUCACAAUUUUCCCACACAUGGUGAAAAAGCUGAAUACAGGCCUGCACGUGAUCAUUAUAAUGUUCCUCUGUGUGGCCAUUUCCUUUUCUCUGGUCAGUUUUGGAUUCUGCAUUCUUAACACAAUAAAAGUUCCUUACCGGGCUAUUAAAGGUCCAGCAGGAGUUUGCCUUUGGAACUUCAUUGCAGGUGGAUUUCUAGUACUUGCAGUCACCAGCUUUAUGGCUGCUGUGAAACUUCAUCACCUCACAGAAAGAAUCGCCAGUUUUCGGGAAAAUAUCUUUCAAUUCGUUGUCUUAGAAGAAAGGUUUGAAGACUCUUUUUGGCUUUGUGUGGCAAGUGCCACAGCACAUGCAGUGAAUUUGCUGCUAAUAGCCAUUAGUGGGAUUCAUUUCCCUAAAAUUAAGACUAAAACAGAAGAAGCAAAUGUUACAGCAGAAGAUAUCAUGUACUAAUAAAUCUACACAGAACUACUUUGGUCAAGUGAACUGUCACAACACAAAACAACUGCUUGGCUCUUCAGCUUUUGAUUUGGAUGGAUAAUUUUUGUAUAAACAUGUGUAAAUAUGAUAUUCGGCUGUACCAGCAAUUCACAUAUGUUGGAAGGUGGGAAUAACAAAUGCAGUUACCAUUGUUCUCCAAACUGACUGAUACAUGUAGUGAAUACACACUGCUCACAGGUUUCUGAAAAUUUGCAUUUUGAGAUAUUUUAGAAAACUCAACUGAAAUACAAUUUCAUUGAAACCAAGUGUCUUCUUUGUUUAGAAAGAAUGUGUAUCACAAAUCUUUGAUACCCUAAGUUUAUUUCAAAACAGAAAGAACGGACAUCUACCAAUUAAUUUCACAGAAUUACCUGGAAAACAUUGUGAGGGCUGUGUGAAAUAUGUUUGGUGAUGUUAUAGCACAUUGAAAAAGAACACUUCAUCAUCUCUAAAGCUAAAAUUAAGGAGAAGCACAGGCUAAGUAUGUGUGAAAUGUUUCAACUGAAAUUAUCAAACCCCACAGAGUAAAGAAGUGAGAAAAGUAAGGUUCAUGGGGUGCUUGUGGACUAUGAAAUAAAAUGUAUUAGCUGCAAAAUGAAGGUUUCAUCGCAGCUUCUGGGAGUAAAGUAAACAGAAUCAAAGUAACUGCUUUUCGAUAACCAGGAAAAUGAUAAUCUGACACAUCAGUUGUCUUCGGAACCCUUGUAGUUCUUAUGUCUGUAUGAAAUCAAGUAAAAGUGAUGUAUGGUGAAACAGUAUUAAAAUGAAUUUGAAUGGUUAAA